GACCAUCUAGAUUUAUUAACUGGGAGUGUCCAACACAGGCUAUAAAGAGGCAUGUCUGAUUCUUGGUUAUGAGGAAGUGUGAGGCAUGUGACAGGAAGACACCGACUUACACUUCUUGAAGAUGUUGCGAACCUCCUUGUGGCUCUGUGUGGCAGUGUUGGUGUGUGGGUCUGCAUUAUGCUCCAUCAAAUGUCCCGAUGGAAGGCAGUGCCCUGAUCUAUCCACCUGCUGCCAGACUGGACAUGGAUUCAGCUGCUGCCCCCUCCCAGAUGCCGUGUGCUGCUCUGACAAGGCCCACUGCUGCCCCUCGGGGUAUCGCUGCAACCUGGCCACGAUGAUGUGUGAGAAAGCAGACCAGCCGUGGAUGAGCAUCCCCAUGUUGAAGAAGGAGGCUGCAGAGGAACCGGCCGCUCUUGAUCCGUCCUCAAACCUUGUUGAGGAGCUCAGAAACGACGACGGCCCGGUACAGAAGAGUACAGCUAUUCACUGUGACAGCUAUUACAUGUGUCCCGACCGCACUACCUGCUGCAGACACCCGAAGGGCGCCUGGUUCUGUUGCCCCUAUUAUCCUGGAAGGUGUUGUCUGGAUGGCUACCAUUGUUGCCCGUAUGGAUAUGACUGUGAUUUGACGUACACUCACUGUAUAAGAGAUGGCUCUAAAUAUCCAUUUUACUACAAACAAACUCAGACCUCAGUCCCUGCUGCCCUCAUUUCACAACCAGAGGACAACAGCAUCGGGCAGGAGAAACCCCUGACAGCUUUGACAGAAGCUAGUGACGCCCCUCCUGAUCAUGGAGUCAUCCGCUGUGAUGACAAGUUCUUCUGUGAUCAGGGAUCUUCUUGCUGCAAGGGGCCUAAAGGCCAGUGGAACUGCUGCCCCUACCCUCUGGGCAAGUGUUGUGCAGAUGGUCGCCACUGCUGUCAGUAUGGAUACACCUGUGAUCCCACAUCGGCCACCUGCAGAAGUUUGUGGACCAUCUGAGGACCAUAGGAAUACAAUAAAACACAGUAGAAACAGCUUUACCCUCAACCACGUCUGCUUUAGAAAUCAUCUUCAUGUCAUGAAAGACAAGCAAAAAUGACAGAAAUAAAUCAUCUACAAAUGGAUAAAAGCAUUGAGAUCAAACCAGUAUGUAAUCACAAAUAAAAUCAUUGGACUCAAA